CAAAAAGUAACUAAAACUAGCAAAAUCACAUCAGCUACUGAAUACGAACUGUGCCAAGCAGUAAGAAAAACGGGUAAUCGGGAAAUUGUAAAACGCAACACGGAAUUUCAACCACGAUUUACGGACUUUUCGUGUAUAGAGCUAUACAGUUGUUGUUGAAGUCUUGUUUUGGGCCGCGAAUGCGAAGGGCGGUAUAGUGGCAAAUACGGCAAUAGCUGGAAGAGCCAUAGCUGAGUCGCACAUAUUCCGCGAAGAAAACCCCCGAACCAAGUAAGACGAUGAGUGUCGACGCUUACGACGGAACGACUGGUUCCCAAUCGCUGACCUUUGUCGAUACGGAAGAGAAUUUCUUCGUGGGAGCGGAUUCGCAGGGUACGGAGUACGAUUUUCGCGACUUUACCAUUCCUUCGCAAAGUCAAACCCAAGCCUCGCAGCUCGAUCAUCUUGGCGGAAGCAGUCAGGUGAAUGGAUUCGGUCGGAGGAUUGGAGUAGAUCCGACGAAGCUGUCCGGCAUUACCUCUGCUAUCGGUGAGCUGCAGUUCGAGGAGGACGAGGACGAACUUGACCCGGUGGAGAAUAAGGAUUUGCCUCCACAUGCGUGCCGUUAUUGCGGUAUACACGAACCAAGCACCGUGGUUAUGUGUAACAUUUGCAAAAAAUGGUUUUGUAACGGGCGCGGAAGUACGUCCGGGUCGCACAUCGUGAACCAUCUCGUCCGUGCCAAGCAUCGGGAGGUUACGCUUCACGCAGAUGGUCCCCUCGGGGAAACGGUUCUGGAGUGCUAUUCUUGCGCCGUUCGGAACGUGUUUGUUCUCGGAUUCAUUCCUGCUAAAAGCGACUCCGUCGUGGUGCUGUUGUGCAGACAACCGUGUGCCGCACAGAACUCCAUCAAGGACAUGAACUGGGACCAGGAGCAAUGGAAGCCGUUGAUUGCCGAUCGUUGCUUCUUGUUUUGGUUGGUGAAGAUUCCAACGGAGCAGGAUCAGUUGCGUGCGCGUAAAGUAUCCGCCGCUCAAAUCAACAAGCUGGAAGAGCUGUGGAAGGAAAACGUCGACGCAACGUUUCAGGAUUUGGAGAAGCCAGGCAUCGACAAGGAACCGCAACAGGUACAGCUUCGGUACGUUGACGGGUAUCAGUACCAGAACACGUUCGGGCCACUGGUAAAUCUGGAAGCGGAUUAUGAUGAAAAGCUGAAGGAAAGCCAAACACAGGAAAAUAUUGAAAUCCGAUGGGACACUGGGCUGAACAAGAAAACGAUCGCUUACUUCACGCUCGCCAAGAACGACGGAGAUAUGAAGCUGAUGCAUGGCGAUGAGCUGAAGCUGCGGUACGUCGGCGAGCUGCACAAGCCGUGGAGCUGCAUCGGCCAUGUAAUCAAGGUGCCGGACAACUACGGUGACGAUGUGGGCCUGGAGCUGAAACACAAUCAUCAUGCACCAGUCGAGCGCACGAGCAACUUCUCGGUCGACUUUAUCUGGAAGGGCACUUCGUUCGAGCGGAUGCAGCAAGCCCUGCGCAAGUUUGCGAUGGACGCCAAAAGCGUUUCGAACUAUAUAUACACACGCCUGCUUGGAAACGUGCGUGCCGAUGGUGCCGAAGAGGUGCUGUUCCGAUUGAAUCUGCCCAAACAUUUCAGCGCCCCGAACCUGCCUGAUCUGAAUCGGUCGCAGGUGUACGCAGUCCGGCACGCACUCCAGCGCCCGCUGAGCCUUAUCCAAGGGCCACCGGGGACUGGCAAGACAGUCACCUCGGCAACGAUCGUGUACCAGCUGGCGCGGCUGAACAGUGGACCGAUUUUGGUGUGCGCCCCGAGCAACACUGCUGUCGAUCAGCUGACGGAAAAGAUUCACCGCACCAACCUGAAGGUGGUACGCGUGUGCGCACGAUCACGUGAAGCGAUCGACUCGCCCGUUAGCUUUCUAGCGCUGCACAAUCAAAUUCGCAACAUGGCGCAGAAUUCGGAAUUGAAGAAAUUGCAACAGCUGAAGGAUGAAACUGGUGAGCUGAGUCUGUCGGACGAGAGACGCUAUCGAUCGUUGAAAAAGCAGGCGGAACGGGAGCUGCUGGAAGCGGCCGACGUUAUUUGCUGUACCUGUGUAGGUGCGGGUGAUCUUCGUUUGCAGCGUAUUAAAUUUAACUCCAUACUGAUUGACGAAUCGAUGCAAUCGACCGAACCGGAGUGCAUGGUCCCGGUGGUUCUGGGUGCCAAGCAGCUUAUCCUCGUGGGCGAUCACUGUCAGCUGGGACCGGUGGUGAUGUGUAAAAAGGCGGCCAAGGCAGGAUUGUCGCAGAGUUUGUUUGAACGCUUGGUGGCUCUAGGGAUUCGUCCUUUUAGGCUUGAGGUGCAGUAUCGCAUGCACCCGGAGUUGUCCCAGUUUCCGUCGAACUUCUUCUACGAGGGUAGCCUUCAAAAUGGUGUGUGUGCCGACGAACGCAAGCUGAAAGUAGACUUUCCCUGGCCGUCGCCGGACUGUCCAAUGUUUUUCCUCGUCACUCAGGGGCAGGAAGAAAUCGCCGGCUCUGGCACGUCAUACCUAAACCGCACGGAGGCGUCGAAUGUGGAGAAGAUAACGACCCGGUUCCUGAAGGCUGGUAUUAAGCCCGAACAGAUUGGAAUCAUUACCCCGUACGAGGGCCAGCGCGCCUACCUGGUCCAGUACAUGCAGUACCAGGGUUCGCUCCACUCGAAGCUGUACCAGGAAAUCGAAAUAGCCAGCGUGGAUGCGUUCCAGGGGCGGGAGAAAGACAUCAUCAUCAUGUCAUGUGUACGAGCAAAUGAACACCAGGGCAUAGGUUUUCUAAACGAUCCGCGCCGAUUGAACGUAGCACUGACACGUGCCAAGUACGGCAUCAUCAUUGUCGGCAAUCCGAAGGUGCUGUCGAAGCAAGAGCUGUGGAACCAUUUGCUGAACUUUUACAAAGACAAAAAGGUGCUGGUGGAAGGAUCGUUGAACAAUCUCAAAGAGUCGAUGAUACAGUUCACCAAGCCGAAAAAGAUUAUCAAUACGCUAAACCCCGGAAUGCACUUUAUGACCAACGCUAUGUAUGACGCCAAGGAGGUGCUCGGGGGCGGAUAUUUCGAUCGAACCCUGGACCUUCAACCAGCUUACGCGCACAACCCGCUUGCCGGGUACGGCAGCGCAAACAACUAUCACCAGCAGGGCGGAUUUAUGGAUGUAACGGGCCAUGGCAGCACUGCCAGUGCAAAUACGCCGCUUGACGCGUUUAUGCGCAAAGUGCACGAUCCGAUUGGGUAUAUUUCGCCACAGCGUUCGCUUCCUGCAGUUAGCAACAUGCCCGUACCGGUGGGAAUGUUCAUCAACAUGUCAAGCGCACCCUCACGCUUCUAUCAACAACAGCAACAAGCAGCUAUGCAGGCGGCUAAGCAAACGCGUCGCCCAGUGGUAGGCAAAACGUCCAGUCAACUGUUGGCAGCUGGUUCCGGAUCAGUCUCUGCCGGUGGAAAGUCGGGCCGUCCCCGUCCAAUUGGCCCACCAAGCAGCAGCAGCAGCGGCGGCGGUAUCAACCAUGGCAGUAAUAUUGCAGGCUCAUCCCUAACCCAAGGCAUGUCGCAGAACAUGUCCCAGCCGGGCUUCAGCUUGUCGCAGCAGGCAGAAUUCUCGCAGGACUAUAUGGGCGACUAUCAGUCGCAGAUGGACAACAUACUGUCGCAAGAAUCGAACUAUCACAGCCAGUCCGGGCCAGGCGAUCGGCUGGCGUUCGAACUGCAUUCGAGUUCGCAAUUCUCGCAACCGUACUGAUAAUCGACGAUUCGAGGGGACAAUGUAAAAGCUGGAAUGCUGCAAACGAUGCAAAGCUAUCAUCCAACACACAUACGGCACGGUGAACAAUAACAAAAGGGAAGCACGAUUUGAUCGAGCGAGACAAAAUCAUGCACAGGCUAACACACCUGAGGCUCUGCGAACAACCCCGUAAAAGCGCCAUAGAGUGUCCAUCCGGAGAGAGAGAUAGAACCUUCUUCUAUCCCGGGAAACCGAAAUGGCCGAAAGUGGUGGGUGGGCAACGGUGGACCGAUGGCAAUGACAAACGUGAGAGCAGGUCGAUGAUUCUCCGCAGGUGUCGUAUCGUCCAGCACCACCACCACCUGCUUCCUGCUGCUGCCAGCGGAAGCGGAACGGGAGAUACCACUAUCUGCGCGCUAUGGCUUUGUUGAAACGAAAGACUUGGCACACACAGGAUGUUACUAAUGUCCUGCUGCUGGCGCAUCAAUAUCUCGAAGAAUUGCCGUAAUGUGCGCGGUUUGCGAAAGGACCUUUUCCUCCCUGCGUUGCAGAGAAGCAGUAAAAAGCCCUGUUUGCAGUUGUCGAUGGGUUGUUUGGAAAACUAACUAACCCGUGAUCAUUUCUCUGCUCUUUAUUUGAAUGCACCCAAGAAAGCUCGAACCAGAGCUGUGUGCUUGGCCAAUGACUCGCAAUGAUUCCUAAACUAGUUUCCAAAUCUAUGCCGGGGCUAUUAGCUAACAUACCUGUGCGCCGUCCUUUCAACAGCAAACAAACGCACGAUGUGACUAUAAAGCGCGCUGCAAACUAAUAUACACGUUCCUCAUUUCGGUUGUUUGGUUCAUCAGGAGAUUUUCUUUUCAGUUCUAUCGAUUAAGUACGGUACGGAGACGAAGCGGAGUAGUAACGGUCGGUGAAAUCCACGCGCACAAGCGGACGAUAAGUAGAAGAGAUUAGUUGACACGCUCAAUUACUUAGAGGUACGGACGCACCGAAAGAAAGUGUGUGUGUGUGAGAGAGAGAGAGCGAGAGAGAGAGAGCUUGAUUGCAUCUCAAUUUUUCCGACGCGUGGAUACUUGACUAUUUAGGUUCCGUCUUUUAACAUUUAUUUUUUGGUUUCAUGUUGCUCAAUAAAAUCUUGGUUGGAAAGCAAAA